AGUAACAUUUCAACCGGACGGUACUUAACUGCUUGUCUCUGCCUCACUUCGUCAAUUGCUUACCUGCCUUGAAUUGUGCACGUUCUGUAGGCGUUUCUUAGAUGCUUUUUUGCGUAGUCCUAGUUAACAAUUCCCUUGCCCAGCAAGUAUGAAAGAUUGCUUAUAAUAGUUAUUAGUUUCACUCAUCAUUUAUUUGUAAAUUUAUUUAGUUUUAAAUUUAUAUGAUAAUAUAUGUAAUACUUCCUAAAAAUCAUAAAAUGAUAUUUUUUGUUUGUACAUAAAAUACCGAAGGUUUACCAUCUAAUAAUCUACCGGCUUCUCGGCUUGCAAUAUUUGGCGGGAUUUAUGUCGUUAGUUUGUGCUUUGAGUGAAACUGGUAACUUUUAUGGGACUGGUAAAUUUGUAUAUGUGAACCCUUAAUUACUCUAGUCUUGUGUAUCGUGACCUGCUAGUGUUUGUGUGGAGUAACUAGCGUCUUAGUAGAAGUUUGUGAUCAUAAUUUGUUUUAGAAACAUGGUAUUUCAAAAGAGUAUCUCCAGUUUCUUUAAGCCUAUACCAACAAAUAAAAGAACAUUACCGUCAUCUCAUGAUCCUGUUUCCAAGAAAGCGAAGUACAGUGACGACAUGGUAGGAGACAGUAGUGUAAUCAGUACGGAAUGUUUGGAAGAAAUAAUAAAAACUACUUGUCUCAAGUAUCCAAUUCUCCACCCGGGUAUCGGCGAGACGUGGUUUAAAACUUUGAAAGAAGAAUUCGAUAAGCCAUAUUUUCAAACGCUGAGCCGGUUCGUGACGACGGAACGGGCCAGGCACACGGUGUACCCUCCCGAGGACAAGGUGUGGACGUGGACGCGGAUGUGCCCCGUGUCUGCGGUCAAGGUGGUCAUCCUGGGACAGGACCCCUACCACGGACCGGGCCAGGCCCAUGGUUUGUGUUUCAGUGUUAUGAAGGGGAUUACACCUCCUCCAAGUUUGCAGAACAUGUACAAAGAGCUGAGUACUGACAUACCAGGCUUCGAGAUACCUUCUCACGGGAAUCUCUCCGGCUGGGCGCGGCAAGGCGUGCUGCUGCUGAACGCCUGCCUCACGGUGCGCGCCGGCUGCGCCAACUCCCACAAGGACCAGGGAUGGGAGCAGCUGACGGACGCCGUCAUCAGGCACGUGGGCACCCGCUGCCGCGGUGUGGUGUUCCUGCUCUGGGGCGCCCACGCCCAGGCCAAGGCCCGGCUCGUGGACCAGAAGAAGCACCAUUUGCUGAAAACAGUGCAUCCAUCUCCGUUGUCUGCGCACAGAGGUUUCUUUGGCUGCAAGCAUUUCUCGAAGUGCAACGAGCUGUUGAAGAAGUCUGGGAAGAGGCCGAUUGAUUGGGCGGACCUGCCUUCGGAGUGAGGACGCAUCAUAUCUCCGUUUAUAAUGCCUGCACUUUGUACUCGGGCUCGUGUGUACACCAAGUCAAAGAGACACUCAGGAAUAUUUUUUCUGUACUUUUAAAAAUAUGAUUGUUAGUGCAUUGGUUGUUAAGAAGAGGAUUGGUUGCUGUAAGCAUGUUGCUUAUAUCAACUGGUUGGAAUUUUUCAUGUUCCAUCAUAUUAGCAUGAGCUGUAUUGUUGAAACUCCUGGUCAUGGGGUAAAAUUCAAGAUCUUUAAUAUGACACAAUGAUUUUGUGCGAUGAACCUAAACUAGAAGACUGAAACUGAAAAUUUAUUAAAAAAAACUUUUAUUAUUUUACCUUACACUUUAACUUUUUGUGUAUUACUAAAUUUUCUUGGUAAUGUUACUUCUUGUUUGUGUAGCCAAAAACUACCAAAAACUUUUUUUUUUUUUUACCUAUUUUUCUUGUUACAUUUUUCAUUGUAUGUAUUUUAUUGGUUAUGACUGUAUUGUUUUAUCAAUAAACAAAGGUUUGUACAAAAUA